GUUGGAUAUUCUCUAGCUACUUACGUAGGUAUAUUGAUUUGCAAAUAAUAUUAUGUAAACGCCUUUAAGAAGGUACAAAAGGUAAAAUCACAAUAAACAUCUUUAGUUAAUCUUUUCCUUGAAAGGACACUAGAAGCAUGGCUUCAAGAAAUUUUAUAUUAUUGUCAGUAUUUUUAAUUCUGUUGAUCAUCGGCCAUGCUUACGGAUUUGUCAAAAGGGACAUGACUCAAGCCCCGGAUCUCAAUAUAUUGAAGCAGGUGAAGCGAAACUUAAAUCAAUUCCGGGCAUGUCUUGAUCAAUCGCUAGCAGCGAUCGCUGGUCAAGUCGACGUGAAACAACUACAGCCCGUCUUUGAUGCCCUGGGAGACCAAGUUGAUCGUCUUUCUAAAGUGUUCGAGAUCCUCACAUCGCCGCAGCAAAGAACACCAUCAGCAGGUGGCGGUAUUUUGGAAUGAAAUGUAUAUUAUAUACCUUUGAACAUUAUAUAAACUAUUAAAAUAUAAUACGUAUGGCG